AUGUGCGCGCCUGAGACGGCGUUUCAAAAUGGCAAUCGGUGCCUCUCGCAGGCUGCGCAGGUCAGACGCCCUGCGACUGACAUCCCGGGCCGGACUCCGGCGCUGGAAGGGGCUCCGGUGGUCGCUCCGGAUAAAAGGAAAGCAUUAGAAGAGACCAAAGCCUAUACAACUCAAUCUCUAGCCAGUGUUGCUUAUCAGAUAAAUGCACUGGCCAACAAUGUAUUACAACUGCUGGACAUCCAAGCAUCCCAGCUGCGGAGGAUGGAGUCCUCCAUCAACCAUAUCUCCCAGACUGUGGACAUCCAUAAAGAAAAGGUCGCUCGCAGAGAGAUAGGCAUUUUGACGACCAAUAAGAACACAUCGAGAACUCACAAAAUUAUAGCGCCAGCGAACAUGGAACGUCCUGUAAGGUAUAUUCGAAAACCUAUAGACUACACGGUGCUGGAUGAUGUUGGCCAUGGUGUAAAGGUAAGAAUACCUGGACACUUGAGGACUUGGAUCAGGAGAAAGGGUCAGGGCGGAAUGUUACUGACAUUAAAAUGUUUAGUUAUGUAUGGUAGGAAGCAUUAUGGGUUUGAUAUCCUUCCACAUACAAACAUCUCAGUAACAAAAUGUAUUGGUUUACAGUGA